AUGAGCAAUUCAAAUGUAUCUGGUAUACCUGGUAUAUCUGAUAUCAACGCAACGUCAAUCAUUUCUCCAAAGAGAAAAAACAAGAAGGGAAAAUAUGUCAGAAGUCGUCAAAAGGAGAUUAUUAUUAAUAUCUACAAGGACGUCGUCUCAAAAUCUCCAGACAUUCAGUACAGACCUAUGAUUUCCGAAAUAUCAACAGUCUCAGGUAUAGGCCGUGAAACCAUCAUAAAUACCAUUUCAGAAUACAGGAAAACAGGACAUGUUUCUUCUCCUCAAACAAAACGCAUAAGAACUACGUUGUUCCAUAAAAUUGACGAUAUGGAUCGAAAUGGUAUUCGUCAAACAAUACAUUCAUUCUGGUUACGACGCGAACUACCAACCAUUGAUAAAAUCCUUACGGCUGUGAAUGAAAAUCCAUCUUUACCAAAUUUCAAACGUACGACUUUGUUCAAGGUGAUAAAAAAAUUGAAUUUUGUAUUUACCAAACGCAAACGAUGUAGCGUGCUAACAGAACGUAAUGACCUGAUUGCCUGGCGACAACGUUAUUUGUACGACAUACGUAAGUACCGUAAGGAAGGUCGUACAGUUUAUUACCUAGAUGAGACUUGGUUGAAUGCUGGUGACUGCGUUGAGCAUGUAUGGGUGGAUACAACAAUCACAUCUAAUCGAGACGCAUUUAAUAAAGGCCUAACCACGGGAUCCAAAAAUCCGACCGGUAAGGGCAAGCGCUUAAUUGUGGUUCAUAUUGGAUCUAACAAUGGAUUUUUGCCCGGUGGAUUGUUAUGUUUUGAGUCGAAGAAGAACAGCUCAGACUAUCAUGACGAAAUGAAUGGUGAUUGUUUCCAAGAAUGGUUUGAGUCUGUUCUUCCUCGACUUGAACCAAAUUCCAUUAUUGUGUUAGAUAAUGCGCCAUACCAUUCAGUCAAAGCGGAAAAAAUACCAACAUCAAAUUCCAAAAAGGCCGACAUUUUGGAAUGGCUUAUUUCAAAAGGCGCAAUUCCCGAGAGACCGAUGAAAAGGGCUGAACUGUUGCAGAUGGUACGUGAAAUUAAAAGCAAGUAUUCUUCAUACAUCAUUGACAAUAUAGCAAAAGCCGCGGGUCAUACAGUGCUUAGACUUCCACCUUACCAUUGCGAGUUCAAUCCGAUCGAACUCGCAUGGGCUAUGGUUAAAAAGUAUGUAAAAUCCAACAAUACAACGUACAAACUCGAUGAUGUCCGUCAGCUACUGAACACAGCAAUUGAACGAGUAACAAAAGAGAACUGGGAAAACUUCAUUCGACACGUGAUUGAAGAAGAAGAGAAAAUAAUGAAAGUUGACGACAUUAUGGACGAGAUCAUCGACCAAUUAGAGCCAUGUAUAUUGACGGUUUCAAAUGAAACAUCUUCGGAUGAUUCUGAUUUGUAA